AUGGACCCUCAGGUGUGCCCACCCCCUCUUGUUAGCAAUCAGUCAUCGAUAUCAGUCACUGACAAAUCACCAGCCAGUGUCUAUAAACCUGGCCACUCUAGGAACAGCAGCACUGGCUCCUCCAAACAUUCCAAGCAGUCACGUAACUGGGAAGUGAUGGAGGACUUGCAUCAUCUGGAACAGAAUUCUGUUCCCAUAUCCUGUCAAGACCAAAGUAUUCCUGGGAUAUGCGAAGGAUAUUUGAUGAAGAGAAGGAAAUACCCACUAAAGGGCUGGCACAAGAGAUUCUUCGUGUUGGAAAAGGGAAUUUUGAAGUAUUCCAAGUCACAACAAGAUAUUCAAAGAGGAAAACUUCAUGGGUCGAUGGAUGUGAGUCUGGCUGUCAUGUCUGUUAAUAAAAAGUCGAAACGUAUAGACUUGGAUACUGGAGACAAUCUCUACCACCUGAUGGCCAAGAGUUAUGACUUGCUUUACAUUUGGUUGACCAAGCUGUGUGCCCAUCGUGUAUAUCGGAAAAACGAGGCUAUGAGCGUCCAACGUGGGGUUCUUCACGCAAUCUCUUCGAACCACAGUUCCCUGCCAGCUAUAAACAAUUUUGCACAGAAAAAAAGACCCUCGCUGCCUAUCUAUGCCAGCUCGGCAUCAUUGUACCAGAGAGAGAUUGGAAGCCCCUUUGUUGCCUCCCACCCAGGCGUGACCAACAAAGUUUCAGCCUGGCUGCAGCAGACGGAUGCCAUUGAUGCAACUUCUGUUGAGUUGACUGGUUGUCAGACAGAUUUGACAGAACUGGCCAAUCUCAUCCAGCGACUCCACUUGCUGGAAGGAGGCUUGCCAAUCUCAAACACAGAACUGGAGAUGCGCAUCAGCAUGCAGAAUCUUUCCUUGGAGAAACCCAAGAAGAAGACUAGCAAAAUGCAUGGUCACUCUAGGACCUUGUCUCGUGUGGAAGCUAUGGGAGGAGUUUUCACUUCCAACAGCCUGAGUACCAACUUUAGGUCUGUUCAAUCUAUCCCGGACUACGUCUACUCGCAGCUGUCUAAUCCUCAAGUCACUUCACCGGAGGCCAAGAAACUCCAACAAGACAUCUACAUAGUUUCACAGAGGGUCUUUACCUCUCUGAAGUCUGUUCAUGAAACUUUGACCAUGGAGAGAGAACGACUUCGACAGGCCUGGACUGGCCCAGAUCUGAGGCAAGACACCUCAGAACAGCUUGCGUCCCUGUGCAGCACACUCUCUGAGCUUGACAUACAGUCUCGUCUGACCAAUGUCCAUUCACUUUCCUCGGACUCUGAAGAAUCCUUCUGCACUGUUCAAGCAGACCAGAGGACUCCAUCUUUGAGUCGUAGUCAACGAGCACCCUCAGUGGCCGAUUCCAUGGCGGAGUAUUUUGAUGCGAGUGAAGUUAUCAUAUGCGAGACCUCCUCUGAAGCAGAGGGUUCAGAUGAGUCUGGUCUAAGUGACGUCACAACCACCACCACAAGCACAUCAGAGGCUGAAGAAGGACCCGCCAGUACCACCCUCAAAUACAGAGCCAGCCUUAGGAACGUAACUGAUAAGCCCACCCCGGUGUCUGACACAGGUCGUCGCACUUGCUUGCCUGCCCCGGGAACAGACAACAGUCAUAUUGGCAUCAUGACCAUCCUUUACAACAACAUUGGCAAAGAUCUUUCGAGGGUCUCUAUGCCCGUCGCUCUCAAUGAACCUCUUUCUUUGCUACAAAGAGUGUCAGAAGAGCUGGAGUACGCCGACCUGCUUGAUAUGGCUAAUCAUAUCGAUGAUCCGUAUGAGAGAAUGGUAUAUGUUGCAGCAUUCGCUAUCUCUGGUUAUGCGUGGGCAUCGUGGCGAUAUCGCUACAAACCGUUUAAUCCAGUUCUGGGAGAAACAUAUGAGAAUCACAGAGAAGACCGAGGCUUCCGUUACAUCAGCGAGCAGGUUAGUCAUCAUCCACCCAUAUCUGCGUGCCAUGCAGAGUCUUCAAACUUCACCUUCUGGCAAGAUCAAAGAUGGAAGAACAAAUUUUGGGGGAAGUCAGUUGAGAUUAUCUCAAGUGGACCUGUCAAUGUGACUUUACCGAGGUAUGGUGAUCACUAUGAAUGGAACAAGGCAGUUACCUGCAUUCACAACGUGUUGAGUCAGCAACGCUGGUUGGAGCACUAUGGUGAGGUGGUCAUCAGAAACAAAGUCAGCGAUAUCUGCACCUGCAAAAUAACUUUUGUCAAGUCUCGUUACUGGAGCUCUGAAAACAGUAAAAAUGAGGUCCAGGGUGUGGUUCUAGAUUCGGCUGGAGAGGUUGUCCAUCGUUUUGGAGGGUUCUGGCAUGAGGGCAUCUUCUGUGACACGCUGUCGACCCCAAAGUGCAUUUGGAAGCCAAAUGUGCAACCGGAUGAUCACUUCCAGUACUAUGGAUUCUCACGCUACGCCAGAGAGCUAAAUGAACUUACACCUGAACUGAAAACUGUCCUUCCGCCAACUGACACUCGCUUUAGACCAGACCAGAGGCUUUUAGAGGAGGGAAAGGUAGCUGAGGCGGAUAAAAAGAAGGAUAAGGUGGAGGAGAAACAGAGAGAGAGGAGGAAAGAGAUGGCCAAGCAAGGGAAAGAGCACAUCCCAAGGUUCUUCAGAAAAGAAGUUGAUGAGGCUGGCCAAGAGGUGUGGCUGUACAAUGGAACCUACUGGAAUCUCCGUAAAAAUCCAGGAUUUGCUCAAACUGAGAAUUUAGAGCUUUGGUAG